AUGAACCCCAAAAUCGAAUAUGUCCUCUUCGACAUGGACGGCUUAUUGAUCGACUCCGAGCGCGUUUACACCGAUGUCACCAACAAUAUUCUCGCUAAGUAUGGCAAAACCAUGACUUGGGACAUCAAGGCCGGGCUCAUGGGCAAGCCAGAGAAGGAGGCCGCCGCUCAUCUACUCUCCUUCUUCCCGGACAUCUCGCUCACGAUCGAGGAGUACCUCGUCGAGCGCGAUCGCCAGCAGGACCUGCUCUGGCCGACGGUGCAGCCGCUUCCUGGCGUCGUCAAGCUCGUCAAGCACCUGCACAAGCACGGGAUUCCGAUCGCGGUCGCGACCGGCUCGAGGCGGCGGAACAUGGUCAUGAAGACGUCGCAUCUCAUGGACGCGUUCUUUGGCUGUUUUGGAGAGAGAACGUUGUGUGCGGAUGAUGGCAAGAUCGCGCCGGGGAGGGGGAAGCCGCAUCCGGACAUAUUCUUGGCGUGCGCGAAAGACAUCUUGGGGCGUCCCGUCGGCGAGGUCGACCAGGAGAACCUGGCAGCGUGCACAGAGGAGCAAAGAGAGGAACGCGCGAAGGGUCUCGUCUUUGAGGAUGCGAUCCCUGGCAUGCAAGCAGCAAAAAGAGCUGGUAUGAAGGUUGUCUGGGUGCCCGAUGCGAAUCUGCUUGGCGUCGACUAUCAGGGUGUCGAGAAAGCAGAUCAAGUCCUCAAGUCACUCGAAGAGUUCAAGCCAGAUGACUGGGGACUACCGCCGUACGACUCGUGA